AUGAUUACUCUCUUGUUUUUCGUGGAGAAAAUAGAACGGCAGACACUCCAGAAAAAAAGUUUUGAUUCAAAAUUUGAAAAAGUUCGGAAAAAAAAGUGGGAAAACGUGGCUUUCGACGAUGGGACCAUGGUAUUGAACGACAAAUCUUUAAAAGAAAUAAAGAACAUUAAAAUCCACAUUGAAAAAGGAUGUUUAUCUGGAAUUCCCCCAGGAUGCGGAACGAACAGGAACAGGCGUUUAAACAGACACUUAAACGAGUUUCUAUCCACAAAUAAAAUUAGUCAUUUAUUGGCAUACACAAGAUGUUUUCGGCUAUUUUCCAGCCUUGAAACCAUGAGAGAUGAAGCUUCAAGGAUGUUUGAUCCACGCCGUCAUAACCAACACAAGAAUUGCCAGGAAGCCGCCGGUAAACUGGAGUCGUUCAGCAUUAACGUUUGUGAUCAUGAAUUGGCAGGGAAUCAGGAACAAAAAAUAGUGAAUCUCAACGCCAUAACCGAUGACAUGGUCAAGAAUAUUGCAAGCAAUAUCCAGGCAUUACUGUUAGAAAUUCAAGGCAAUGAAAAUUCAGCAGGAAAUGACCACAUAUACUCUACAAAUGAUAAACUUAAAGACAAAACUGAAAAUUUAUGUGUUUUGUAUAAUGCUGUUUCUUUAUGGAGGACGUACUUGCAAUUAAAGGAUACGUUUGGAAAGAAAGUUAUCGACUACAAACAGAUGGGAAUAAAUACCAAAAAUGCAUGCUUGGACUCGUCAUGUACAUAUAACAAUGAGGAGGGGCAAGCAGGCGGGUUAGAUAAUGAAUUGCAAAGAUUGGCAAACACUUGGGGAUUUGACAUCGUCAACAUCGCGGGUGACGGUAAUUGUUUCUUUACGGCAGCAGCCUUUCAGUUGAAUCAAAUAAUGACAACCAUUAAUGCGGAAAAUGUGCCUGGACCUGCUCUACGCCAUCUAAUAAGUAUUGGUAUUACCCCUGAACAAACAGUUCCCGAUAUAGCUAACACGCUACGUAGACUGGUAUUCGAUGAAUGGACAGGACAACACAUGAAUGAAUACCAACAUUUUUUUAUUGAUACUGAUAUUGAAACAGAAGCCCCAAACUUUCUCAGAAAUGGUCAUUUUUCAAGUAGUUUGGGGGAUGCAAUGCCCCUUGGAAUGGCUAAUGUGCUUCAAAUGUCCAUUUUCAUUUUAGCACCACAACAUCUAAUUCCCUUUAUGUCAAUAUUUCCGUGUUAUAAUGUGGAAAGCAUAUCUCCACUUAUGUUAGCAUUUGACAAUAGUGGACCAGGACACUAUGAUGCACUUAUCGAACGUGUGGUGAACCACAACCAGGUUGAUGACAGCGUCAUCGACACUCGAGUGGACUGUGACCAAAAUACAUAUAUGUCAACAGAACACGUCAAAAGCAGUCAGAAGGUGCAAGACAGCUAUUGCCGAUGUGGAAUAAAUACAAAGCAACGAUCUGUGCACAAUGUUGUUCCGCAAAGAGCAUACAAAAGUCGGUGUAAAUGCAUUAAUAAACAUUCGAAGUGCUCAUUAAAAUGUAAAUGCCUUGGCAACUGCGGAAAUACAGACUGCAAGAAGAAUGCUAAAACAUCGGAGGAUAAAAAAGAAACAACCAGCAACCAGCAGGAGUUCAAGAAAAAGGGGCAAGCAUCGAAUAGAUACUACACCGAACAAGUACCUCAAGUUAUCGCCAUUAAAGAACGAUGGACUGAACAUGUUAGAAUAUUUUAUUAUUGUUGCAAUUGUUAG